UAAACCUUUGCACCAAAAACUUUCUCCAUAAUUCCGUUGCGUGCAUCAACGAGCUUCACCAAAAAUCGACAUACCAAAACUACACUUGUGCAUCUUAAUGAUAUUUCCAUCCUUAGUGUACUUUUCUUCCGUCACAAAUUUCCCCUCUGUCGCGUUGAUUUGACCGUUAUAGUCCACGCCAGCUAAAAGGGAUAAAACGGUCAUCCCCCUACUACAAAUUAUACAAUACCUAGCGGUACUAGCCAGCCGCGUCGGAAACCCACAAAUCACCACAACUCAUCGCAUCGCAGCGCAUCGCGUUCAACUCCUGCGACCCCGUACCCAUCAUUUCGACUACCAUAGUUCGCAACGUUGAAUUCCCCAUUGACUGCGCAACAUACCAGACAACAGGCUGUGGUGCGUUAGGUCGACCCUGCAUGCGCCUGCGAUCGUUUUCCUACCACAGCCAUGGAGAACAAGAGAAAGGCCAGCGGCGUCAAUGGCCUCGAGUCAUCAGUAAUUGAUACUAAUGAUCGUGCUGCAAAGCGUCGCAGACUGCAGGAGGAAUUCGGUGAUCUCUCGAACGGCGAAACUGCUGAAUCUACCACGGCAUACGGAUUGAACAUCCUAGAAUCAAUCAGAGCAACAACCGACAAGAAUGGCCGUUCAGUCUCACCGUAUUUUGAGAAGCUCCCUACUCGAAGCGAAGAUCCCGAUUAUUACAAGAAGAUUAGAUUGCCGCUCUCUCUAGAGUUGAUUGAACGCAAGCUCAAGAACCAUGAGUAUCUCAAGCUCUCUAUCCUAGAGAGUGACUUCAAACGUCUGGUUUCGAAUGCAAAGGAAGUUAACGAGCGCUCGUCCGUGGCUUUUGGCGAUGCAGAACGAGUCCGAAAAGCCGUUAGUAACUUGAUGGUCAAGUACAAUCCGGCAUAUAAGUCUGGCAAUUAUCAGGCUGUUGCUACCCCUCUACCUCCGACUCCUGAGCCCGAUGAGAAUGCAGACGAGGAAGAUGCGGAAGGUGAUGAAGAAGAUAACAAAGACCAUAUCGCUCAAGAUGUGCAACCAGAUCAAGAUGACGACGUAGAGGAAGCAGCCGAGGAAGAGGAAGAAGCUGAGGCAGAUGCAGAAGAAGUUGAAGAAGUCGAGAAUGAAGAGGAAGAUGGCGAAGGAGAGGAUGACGAGGAAGAAGAGGAAGAGGAGGAGGAAGAAGAAGAGGAAGACGAUGGUGAGCCGAGCCCCGUAGCCCGAAAACGACGACGCCCUGGCCGUCCACCCAAGAAUCCUGCUGCACAAGGUCGAAAGUCUGCAACACGUGGACCAACUCCAGCCAAGGCCGAUACUCAUUACGAGGACAAGCCGUAUAAAGGCCUGAGUUUCCAGCAGGCACAGGAGAAGAUUGUCGAAGAGAUGCUACGAAAGAAAGAUGAGAGUGGCGAAUAUCCAUACUUCGAACCAUUCAUCUAUCUACCACCACGAACCUUGAAGGAUUACUAUGAGAUCAUUGCUGAACCCUUGUCGCUCAAGGCAUUGCAGAAGCAAGUUCGAGGUCAGCACGGUAGAGGGGGUGCGACCUAUGUUAGCGACUUCAAAGGCUGGGCUGCAUUUGAAGACCAGGCCAGUUUGAUCUGGAAAAAUGCGUAUCACUAUAAUGAGGACGGAAGUGAGAUCUCCCUCAUGGCUCAAGAACUCGAGCAAUUGUUUCAUGAACAAUUGAAGGAGGCGAAACUACACGUCCCAGAGCCGCCCCAGCCGAAGAUAAAGCUCAAGAUGCCACCUAACUCGGAAACAGCCGUUCAUCCUAAGAAGAUAACGAUCCAUGUUGGUGGCAAGACGAGUGCGACGGGUUCGCCAGCACCUGUAACAGGCCAAUCCGGAGAAGGAGAGGCUACAGGUAGUAACGGUACUCCUACUAGCAGGAACCCAUUCGGCGGAUCGACGGCCACCUCGGUCAACUUGAGCCAACUCGAGAAGGCGAGAAGCCUAUCAGCUUCCGCUGGCCCUCCUAGCCCGUCGGCAGCGGGACUUACGAAGUCUGAAGGUGCUGUUCGACCGUCACCUGGAUUCGCCAACCAUCAGCAGUUUGCGCCUCCGGUAAUGCCGCCCUUGAGCGUCGUCCCGAAUGGUUCAGUUCCACCACCCCCUCCUGCUCCCAAACUAUCGGCCAUAGAUAUCCUUGAGGCGCAGAAGUACCGACCUCAUCCCAUUAAGGAAUCGGAGGCUAUUCUGCCUAAACUUGUUCUCUCAUCUCACCCUAGUCUCCAGCUGGAAAACAUAUUCUCAGUCACAUUUCUCGCUAGCCCUACCGAGUUCCAACAGGAACUCGUUUUCAACGCUCCUGCAACCCAUUUUCGCAUGCUCCUCAAGCCUCAGGUAGCACCGUUCCUAGAGGAGCAGCAACGCGAGUGGAAACUGAAUGUGUUCCACGAUACAGUACGUUUGUAUCCUUCGUCUGCUCCGUUCGACAAGCGAGGCGAGCCAGUUUUUGACACCACCUUCCACUUUGGGGUCAAUCGACUUGAAGUCUCUCUGAUCGCUGCGCUUCCAAAGGGUGAGAAGGCACCCAACGGGUUAAACAUGGAAAUGGAGAAGAUUGUGGUGCAUUUCAACUUGCUCCGGCAUUCGUAAGAAGUUGGUUUGACUUUAAUGGUCGACAUUAGUGGACAUAGACUUCUAGCCAACAGGUCGGCAGAAUUCCUUAACCCACGCCUCCAGUUUCAUAGGUUGCCGGAUUUAUACUUGAGGGAAACUAUGGAGGGGCUCUAGCUAUGUACGUUCUAUACAGGGAACGAUUUGCUUCGAUGUAAGCAUUUGUACAAGUACUCUACACUCAUGGUGGUUCAUAAAGCCAUUAUAUGCAGAAAACGUCACUGUGAGUUUUGCUCCUACUAUGGCCUACAGCUAAAACACCCAGAUAGAUAGAUACACGUCUAGGUAGUUAAUCGCUUGAUAGCUGUACAAAGACAUGUUAUAAUAAUUUCGUACGAAUGAUAUGAGUGGGUUUUUUUUUUCGAAGGCAACCUGCAACUAUCAAAUUCUCAUAGUAGAGCUUGUACCUCAUCGGAGUGUCCGUGAACUUCAUCUUUUCUUCGGUCUGUCCUUGCGUAUCUAUAUAUCAAACUGUAUUUUAGUAGACGUUUGGGCGUUAAUUGAAAAGUACUAGGCUCGACGCACGAUUCAAUGUUUGGCUUUCAAAAGUCUUAAAGCUGGUGGGGUUGUGCUUAACAACGGAUGCCAAGAGGCUGGACCCUGGAUUUUGAGGUCCGUUUUGAGUACGUACAUAGUGAUUGUUGAAGGUACCCUAGGACGCUA